ACCCGAGCGCCGCAAACGGAAAAAUAGACUCAAGCCACCAAAAUGGCGAAGUUUCUUCACAGAAACCUCAACUUUACAUUCGCAGUGGCUGGUUUAAUGGCCAUAUGUUGUUUCAUUUUCAACAUCAUAGCCUUCUGCACACCCAACUGGUUGGUGUCUUGGCCAAGGAUACACAGUGGGUUCCGGCGGAUCGGCCUCUGGGAGGUUUGUUUUAACGGCUAUGUGCAACCUUGGGACUACACUAUGCAGUCCUAUGUAGGUUGCUGGUGGAUUUUGUCAACACAUUUCUUGGAAAUCCGAUUUUGGCUUUUGCCUGCAUGGUUCGUGUUCAUUCAAGUACUGAUGACCAUCAGCAUCAUCAUGGACAUCGGCAUCCUCGUCUUGAGCAUUGCGAUGGCUGUCCUCCGCGUCAAGAACAAGACCGCCAAUCUGCGUAAAGGUUUUCAUGGACGCCAUGGCAUUAAGAUGAUGAAAGUGUGCAUCGCUUUUGGGUUCCUUACUACCAUAUUCUUCUUCGUGGUCUCCGUCCUGCUGGCCAUAUACAGCGAGGACCCCCUCUGGAUGCCACAGCCCACCAUCAACAAGUUCUCGUGGUCCUACGGCCUCGGCAUCCUCUCGGGUUUUGCUGGGACUUUCUGCGCCCUGGCAUACCUGUUCGAGAUGCGCUCCAUGAUGAGGGAUGAGCACGAUCCCGACGAUAUGCCGAUGUCCCCGAAAAUGUCAGAGCCACAAUUGAAGCAGUCAGAGGACUUAUAAGAAGCAGAAGGGCUAGAGCAAUCUUUUAUAUGUUUCUGGACUGUUUUGGAUUGCUACCAUAUCCAGUCUUUACAUAAAUCAACAUAGACUUCUGUUAACAGAUUUAAGAAUGAGGAAAAUACUUGAAAGCUUUACCCAGACUUUCUAACGUCAUACCUGCUGUAAAAUUCAUGCCAAGACUUGGACUAUUUUCAACAUUUGAAUGUGGUAUUUCUUAUCAUUUACCAGUACACCGUCCACGAAGCGCAACCUUAAAAUCAUUCCAUCCAAUCGAUCUCGGCAAAUAUCCAAGGUGCCAUUUUUGUUGUGGUUUUUUUCUACCGGCCUUGUUUCAGGUGGCUUCUUUCAGUGAAUUCUGUUGUUGUAGCUAUACAAAGAUAUUGCCUGGCCAGUAGAAAAAGGUCAAUGCGCAUACAUGCAUGCGCAUAAAACGAAGAUGGGGCCGAUAUUGAAAUGAUGAAUAUUAACACAAAUCUUUCGAAAACAUUCCAUUACUUUAACAAAGUUUCUUACAUUCCUGCCUUUUUACUUUGAAAGCAAUGUAUUACUCCUGUUCUUCUUUUAAAGAUGUUCUGUUUCAAAACAGAAACUUCACUAUUCAAAAGGUUACAAACAUGUCUGUUGCCAGGAUAUUCUAUCCGUUCUGGAAUUCAUAUUUUGAAAUUCGCCCAAUACCGGUGUACACUAGUUAUUGCUGGCAUCCCAGGUAUCGUCAACUGAUUAAAUUUUUGCUAUCUUACCAAAAACUUUCAUAGUUUUAACACCCUGGCAACAGGCCUUAGUAACUGAUUUGUAAAUAGGUAGCAUUUGUGUAAAUUUUAUGCGUCUGUAUAUAAAUUCGCCACGCAUUUGUAUAAGAAUGUACAUGUAUAUCAUUUUAUAAGGAACAUUAUUCGCUUUUAGUGAUUUUAAAUCAAAUCAUAUCUCAACUCGACGUUAGACAUGUCAUUACUGUCAACUCGGACAGGAGCCAUCACGACUUUCAUUAUUAAAGAGGCGUGCCUUGAGAUAAUACCCUGCCAUUUUGGAGGACGAAAUAGCUCCUGACUGAUUUUACAGUGUGUACAGGCAACCUCUUGUAAUGACUUACAAUUUAAAAUGUAGUUGCCAGUAAAACAGACAAUUAAAUGAUUUCACUUCAAGGUCAAUGAGUACAGGUCAGUCAAGAUUUGGCAAAGUCCUCUGAGGAGUAUGUGCUGUGCCUGUAUUGUGCAAAGUUCAUUGCUUUUAUAGAAAGUUGAAACAUGUCAACAGACAGAGUGUACUUUAUAUUCAAUAAAUGAUUCUAAUAAAUACAUUUA